AUGUUAGCAGCUCAGGCGAAGUUAGUGUACCACCUGAACAAAUACUACAGCGAGAAAUGCCUGUCUCGGAAAGCGGCGGUCUCCAAGACCGUCAGAGAGGUGUGCAAGGUGGUGUCCGACGUCCUGAAGGAGGUGGAGGCGCAGGAGCCCCGCUUCAUCAGCUCCCUCAACGAGAUGGAGAACCGCUACGAGGGUCUGGAGGUGAUUUCGCCCACCGAGUUCGAGGUGGUCCUCUACCUGAACCAGAUGGGGGUUUUCAACUUCGUGGAUGACGGCUCGCUGCCGGGCUGUGCCGUGCUGAAGCUCAGCGACGGCCGCAAGAGGAGCAUGUCCCUCUGGGUGGAGUUCAUCACCGCGUCGGGGUACCUUUCGGCCCGGAAGAUCCGCUCCAGGUUUCAGACGCUGGUUGCGCAGGCGGUGGAUAAGUGCAGCUACAGGGACGUGGUGAAAAUGGUUGCGGAGAGCAGCGAGGUGAAGCUGCGCAUCAGGGACCGGUACGUGGUCCAGAUUACCCCGGCGUUCAAGUGCACGGGGAUAUGGCCAAGGAGCGCGGCGCACUGGCCUAUGCCCCACGUUCCCUGGCCCGGACCCAACAGGGCGGCGGAGGUGAAAGCCGAGGGUUUUAACCUCUUAUCCAAGGAAUGCUACUCGCUGAACGGGAAGCAGAGCUCGGCGGAGAGCGACGCCUGGGUGUUACAGUUCGCAGAUGCCGAGAAUCGGCUAAUCCUGGGCGGCUGCCGGAAGAAAUGUCUGUCCCUUCUCAAGGCACUGAGGGACCGUCACCUCGAACUGCCCGGGCAGCCGCUCAACAACUACCACAUGAAAACUUUGGUCUCGUACGAAUGCGAGAAACAUCCCCGGGAGUGUGACUGGGACGAGAGCUGUCUGGGGGACCGCCUGAAUGGGAUAUUGCUACAGCUUAUUUCGUGUUUGCAGUGCAGAAGGUGCCCGCACUAUUUUCUGCCUAAUUUAGAUCUGUUCCAGGGAAAACCAAACUCGGCGCUGGAGAACGCCGCCAAACAGACUUGGCGAUUGGCGAGAGAAAUUCUAACAAACCCCAAAAGCUUGGAAAAGCUAUGAGGUAAAAUGA